AUGUCCCACGAAAGCGUCUGGAACUCGCGCCCGCGAAACUACGGCAAGGGCUCUCGCCAAUGCCGCGUCUGCAAGCACACUGCCGGUCUGGUCCGCAAGUACGACCUUAACCUGUGCCGUCAAUGCUUCCGUGAGAAGGCCAAGGACAUUGGUUUCCACAAGGUGAGCAUCCAGAACCAACCGAUAAGAGCUAGGGAGAAGGGGGAAACAUACAAAGGGAAUAGAGAAAAGGGAAUCAAGGAUACGAUAUUUGAGAAACAGCAGCUAACGUGUCUUCGUUUCUUGCAGUACCGAUAA